AUCACGUGACAGGCCCUUUCCGCUUUGUAAACAAAUGAAAGUGUUCGAUGUUAUGCAAUUCGUUUAGCCGUGACAGUUGUUUCUCUAUUAAUAGUAACUUCGGCAGAAAUAAGCACCGUUUGCAUUUUGCACAGAAAUCCGUGACAUAGUAAGGGGGCAGGACCGCCCUUGCACUCACAGGCCGCUGAGUGCGGGAGCCUCGCUGCAUCUGCUGCUUGUCCUUUUGCCCCGGUUAAGGUUCACUGCAAGGUUUCAGCUGCACGCAGAGCAAAGCGGCAUGGAAUGGAUAUAAUCGAGCCGCCAUACAGACACGUUCAAACCUCCUGCACGCCAUUACUCCUGAGGAAGACAUUAAGCAAUCUCAUCGUCAUAUUGUUGUAAUACCAGACAGAGGCUGGAGAAUGGAGGUGCAGAAGAAGCUGUUGAACUCAGUGGAGGGCUGUGUGGACGAUGCCCUCCUAGGGCUGGUGUGUUUGAACCCGGGUCUGUGCCAGCUGCAGGGGCAGCGCGUGGUUCUGCGCUCGGACCUGAGUUCUCUGAGGGAGAGAGUGGCUCUACUGUCAGGAGGGGGCUCGGGGCAUGAGCCUGCCCACAUGGGCUAUGUGGGCAGGGGCAUGCUCUCAGGCGCAGUGGCUGGAGACGUGUUCACUUCACCCCCUCCUGGCAGCAUCCUGGCUGCAAUCCGAGCAGUGAUGGAGGCAGGAGCAGAGGGUGUCCUGCUCAUUGUGAAGAACUACACGGGCGACCGGCUGAAUUUCGGAUUGGCUUUGGAGCGGGCGAGGUCAGAGGGCAUGGCUGUUGCCAUGGUGAUCAUUGCUGAUGACUGUGCGUUCACCGCGCCUGGCAAAGCAGGGAGGCGGGGCCUGUGUGGCACUGUCCUCAUUCACAAGCUGGCUGGCGCUCUGGCAGAGGAGGGGCGCCCCCUAGUGGAGAUUGUGGAGCGAGUGAGCCGGGCUGCACAGCACAUGGGCACUCUGGGGGUCAGCCUGUCUCCCUGCUGCCUGCCUGGUGCGUGCCCGACAUUCACCCUUGGUGCAGACCAGAUGGAACUGGGGCUGGGGAUCCAUGGGGAAGUAGGGAUCAGUAGGUCAAAGAUGGCUUCAGCUGAUGAAGUUGUGACAAUGAUGAUCGAUCACAUGACUGACUCUUCCAGCCAAUCCCAUCUCCCUCUCAAAGCAGGAGACUCAGUGGUGCUUGUGGUGAACAAUCUGGGUGGCCUGUCCUGUCUCGAGAUGGCUGUGGUUGCUGGGUCUGCUGUUCGCUCGCUGGAGAGUCGCGGUGUGAAUGUUGCUCGGGGGAUCUCGGGCUCCUUCAUGACAUCACUGGAGAUGGCCGGCGUCUCCCUCACUCUCAUGGUGGUGGACGAGGAGCUGCUCAGACUGUUUGAUGCUGAGACGGCAGCCCCGGCCUGGCCAAUCACGGGGCGAGUUCCACUGACUGGGCGGAGCCGGACCAUCCAGCUAGUGCAGGAGAGAGCAGGAGCUGAGAGAGCAGACACCGAGGGUCCCGGCGCUGUGUUGUCCCGGAGGGUCCUGCAGCAGGUCUGUUCCUCUUUGCUCGCUCUGCAGGAGGAACUCGAUGAGCUGGACCGUGCAGCAGGGGACGGGGAUUGUGGAGGCACGCACGCCAGGGUGGCACGAGCAAUCCAGGAGUGGCUGGGAGGUCACGUCAUCCCAGACUGCCCCGCCCAGCUCCUAUCCUCCCUCGCUGGAUUGGUCCAAGAAAGAAUGGGCGGUUCCUCAGGGGCGCUCUACAGUCUCUUCCUGACGGCUGCUGCCCUGCCCCUGCGCACCCAAAGUGCCCCUGCAACAUGGGUCGACGCAUUGCAUGCUGGGAUUGAGGCCAUGAAGAGGUAUGGCGGUGCCGAGCCUGGGGACAGGACCAUGUUGGAUGCCCUGUGCCCUGCAGUGCAGGAGUUGGAGGGGCUGCGCUCGUCGCCCCCUGGUGGAGAGAUGAAGGUGCUGGAGCGGGCUGUGCAGCGAGCUGAGUUGGGGGCGGAGUCGACUCGUGAUCUCACAGCGAGGGCAGGCAGAGCCAGUUACAUCAGCGCAGCGAGACUCCGUCUCCCUGACCCUGGCGCCAUCGCUGUGGCUGCCAUCCUGAGAGCUGUGCUGACGUCACUGAAGGGGGGAGCAUAGGGCAGCAAAGCACACGCACACACACUGACGCUAACACAGACACACACACACACACUAACGCAGUGACACAGACGCUAACGCAGUGACACGCACACACACUAAAGCAGUGACGCGCACACAAACUAAAGCAGUGACACUGACGCAGUGACAGACGCACACACACUAACGCAGUGACAGACACACACUAACGCAGUGACAGACGCUAACACAGACACGCACACACACUAACGCAGUGACACUGACGCUAACGCAGUGACACGCACACACUAAAGCAGUGACACACGCUAACGCAGUGACGCGCACACACUAACGCAGUGACACAGACGCUAACGCAGUGACACGCACACACACUAAAGCAGUGACGCGCACACAAACUAAAGCAGUGACACUGACGCAGUGACAGACGCACACACACUAACGCAGUGACAGACACACACACUAACGCAGUGACAGACGCUAACACAGACACGCACACACACUAACGCAGUGACACUGACGCUAACGCAGUGACACGCACACACUAAAGCAGUGACACACGCUAACGCAGUGACGCGCACACACACUAACGCAGUGACAGACGCUAACGCAGUGACACGCACACACUAAUGCAGUGACACAGACGCUAACGCAGUGACACGCACACAUGGUCGGGAAUAUGACACAACCCUCAUACAUGAACAGCUUAUCAGUGUCCACCUGGCCUGCAGAGUGACCAAUCAGAGCACAGUUUAUGGAGCCGCCAAUCAAACAAGUCCAUUCCUCUCGCUCAGCCUCAGGAUGUAAAAAGUGGGUGCAGCUGCCUCUCUGUAAUUAAUUAAAGCAGAUUUCAAUAUUC